CACGCAGGCGACUGAGCGGGAUAUUUCAUCAGCGACUACGGCAACAGCUUUUCCUCUCUUUUCAUCUGUCUCCUUUCACUGUUAUCAACCAGAAGACCGUAAAGGUUGUGAUCUGCUGCUACAAAAUACUACCGCCACAGACCUUCCGCUUCCUGUUCUGUCUUCUUGAGUAAACCUACUUGAACACAUCAAACACACCAAAGGACCAAUAAUAAGCAAGUACUUGGUUAACCUACCCCAUCUGCCCAAAGUACUUCUACUCUCAGUCCACUCGCACCUGUUCUGUUUAAGCUGUGUCAGUCACACACCCACAUUAAAAGGAUUUAAAACACAGCCUGCUUCAGUGCCCACGCACAGUCACAGCAAAUAUGGCCAGCAAGCUGUCCAACUUUGGCAAAACCCUUCUGCGUCGCCGGGUAUUAGACUUCUCCGGUGAAGAGACCAGAUUUGCCCGCUGCCUGUCCACCCUGGACUUAAUUGCCUUGGGGGUGGGCUCCACACUUGGUGCCGGUGUCUACGUCCUCGCUGGUGAGGUUGCCCGAGAGAAGGCUGGACCUGCUAUUGUCCUCUGCUUCCUCAUCGCUGCCCUGUCCUCUAUGUUGGCCGGCCUGUGCUACGCUGAAUUCGGCGCCCGUGUGCCCAAGACCGGUUCUGCAUACCUUUACAGCUAUGUGACAGUUGGAGAGAUCUGGGCCUUCAUCACAGGGUGGAACCUCAUCCUCUCCUAUGUGAUAGGUACAGCUAGUGUGGCCAGGGCGUGGAGCUCAACCUUUGACAGCCUGGUUGAACAAAAAAUCUCUGACUUCUUCAAAGCCUGCAUGACAAUGAAGGUGCCAGGAGGGGUCCUGGCUCAGUACCCCGAUCUGUUUGCCCUCAUCCUGGUCCUCCUGCUCACUGGACUUCUGGCCUUUGGCGUGAGCGAGUCAGCGCUGGUGAAUAAGAUCUUCACAGGCAUCAACCUGGUGGUUCUGGGUUUUGUCAUCAUCUCAGGCUUUGUGAAGGGGGACUCAGCCAACUGGCACCUGACAGAGGACGACUUCAUGAGAUACAAAAACAGCACCAACCGCAGCACGCCGUUCGAAGUUGAGAAGGACUUUGGCGUGGGUGGCUUUGCUCCGUUUGGCAUUACUGGAGUCCUGUCUGGUGCUGCCACCUGCUUCUAUGCGUUUGUGGGCUUUGACUGCAUUGCCACAACAAGUGAAGAAGCAAAGAACCCCAUGCGGUCCAUACCUGUUGGCAUUGUGGCUUCACUGCUGAUCUGUUUUUUGGCCUACUUUGGUGUGUCUGCUGCUCUGACCCUGAUGAUGCCAUACUACGCACUAAACACCCAGAGUCCCCUGCCUGAGGCCUUCAGCUACGUCGGCUGGGCUCCUGCCAGAUACAUCGUGGCUGUGGGCUCUCUCUGUGCUCUUUCCACCAGUCUCCUAGGCUCUAUGUUUCCCAUGCCUCGAGUGAUCUACGCCAUGGCAGAAGACGGGCUGCUGUUCCGUGUUCUGUCCAGGAUUAACACUCGCACAAAGACCCCUCUCCUCGCUACCAUCGCCUCUGGCGUUGUUGCAGCUCUCAUGGCCUUCCUGUUCGACCUGGCAGCUCUGGUUGACCUCAUGUCUAUUGGAACUCUGUUAGCAUACUCUUUAGUGGCCAUCUGCGUCCUCAUUCUCAGGUACCAGCCAGGCACCCUGACUUCAUCCAGCCAGACAGAGAAGCUGGUGGAGUUGGUGGGAGGGGAGAAGGAGGCUGUCAGUGGAGUGGACAGCAGUGACGAGUACGGCACGGAGAUGGAGAACAGGCCGCUCCGAGAGACCUUCACUGCCAAGCUGCUCUUCUGCCCAAGUGGAAAGAACCCGACUCAGACCUCUGGGAACAUCGUCUACGCUACCACUGCCAUUGUCUCGGUUUUUAUCACCAUAUUGUGCGUUAUCCUGGCCAACUUUCUGCAAGAGCUGCUGGCCGGACAUGCAGAAGUUGUGGUGCCCUGUGUCAUUUUGACUCUGCUCUGUGCCGUCUGUUUCAUCAUUAUCUGGAGGCAGCCUGAGAGCAAAGAGGCUCUCAACUUCAAGGUCCCUCUUCUUCCAUGGUUGCCCCUCUUCAGUGUUUUUGUCAACAUCUACCUCAUGAUGCAGCUGGACAUAGGUACAUGGUGCCGCUUCGCCGUUUGGAUGCUUAUAGGUUUCGCCAUCUACUUCUUUUACGGUAUUAAGAACAGCAGUGAAGCUGCCAACAGGUCACCCCCACGCAAAUAUAAGCCUUCGCUGCAGACCAAGAGCCCCAUUUACAAGGGCGCUCCGAGCGACAGUGACGUGGAAGCAGGAGCUUCCCCCGACACAGACUGACAGAGACCUGGGAAAUGUUGCAGAGCAGCUACACUCAUUUUGGCAGUCUGAACUGGCAGCCAAAUGCUGCAGUGUAGGCAGCCUGGAACACAGCCCUGGGUUUAAAGGGAGGAGAGGCAAGAAAACGCCACACACAUCUUACCUCUGAUUUGGAGGCUGAUUAACUUGAUGGCUAGACACUGUGACAGAACCCCUUUCUGGCCUAUGUGUCUGUUUUAAUCUGUUUGUUUGUUCUUAGCCCUCUGAAGACAUUUACCUGCCUAUAACCCAUGCUUUGAGUGGACCCAUCUAGCCGAGUACCACAGUUCUCCUCAUGAAGUUCUGUUUUUCCGUUAUCUGAAGCCAUCAACUGGAAAAGAUGUUACACUUUAGCUAUUUUUCUUCUUUGCUCCCUCUCUGUUAUUAUCAUGCUGUGGCUGUGUGAGGAGCCACAGGGCCACUAGGAGUGGAUGAGACUACUGUACUGUGUACAUCACUAAAUAUUACGACCUAAACCGGUGAGUUUACGAUCAUCGAGACUCUUGGAUCAGUGAGCUAGACUUUAGACUGUUUAAGAAACACGAUGUUCACAAAGUGGAAAGAGAUGAAAAUCAGCUGCUUCUUGUGAAUUGCUUUCAGUAGAGUUUACAUGUCUAGUUUAUUGGUCCUUGGUUAUUACACCAGCCUGUAUGUUUGCGUGUAAACAGGGUAGCACUGAAGUUGUGUGGUUUACAGUAUCUGUCAGGGCCUCAGUGCAGAUUGGUCAGUAGCACAUGGUUAAUGCUGAUGUUGUUGUGCAGCGCAGUUCAGUAUGUGAGAGUGAAGUACAUGCUUUACAGACUGGAUGAGUUUUAAACACACUAUCGCCCUUGUGCCCCCUGCUACCAGAGAACAGCCCUGAAGAAUGUGUACAGUAUAGUUUUCAAAUGUUAUGAAAUUAUCCAUAUGAUGUUUCUGUUUCACUUGUUAACUCUGUUGAAAUGGUAUUUGUGGCCUUUGUUUCCAGAUAAACCAGGUAACUAACAAGAUUGUGUUGAGGCUUUAUGCAGCUAAAAGGGUGACAAACUACUUUCAGAGCCAUAAAAGACCUUAAAAUCCAGAAACUGAAGUAAAAACGGCAAAAGAAAAUUUCACCUGUAAUGUAAUGAAGUGCUAAGCUCGUCGAUCUGUUAUUCCAAAACGACUCCAUAUCGCACAGUUUAUUUGGUCACUCCGGAUUUCAUUCACAUACAUCGGUCUGUUUCUGAUUAUUUUAGUAGCUGCGUGUCUAUAUUUCUGUAGAUCUGAGGUAGGGAUGCGCCGAUCCACAUUUUUUCACUUCCGAUCAGAUCCCGGUACCUGAAUUUGGAUUUCCGCCGAUUCCGAUACCAGAGCUCUGUUUGCUUUAAUAUUAUUAUUAUCAAUAUUGUUAAUUUUACAUGAUUCUGUAAUAAAUCUUCUCCACAGGCAGGUAUGAUAUGUACAAAUUUAUGCAUGUAUGUCCCAAAAGGCAACUUGAGGUAAAUAUAAGGUCAGAAAAAGGAAAUCCUGUUAGCAGUCAAUAUUUAUUAAAUUCGAGAGAUACCCAUAAAGGGUAACCUUCUUUUAGAC